CUCUGAUUCUACCGCCAGAUGGUAUUUGCGGUUCAAGAUCCCGGAGACGAUUUUGCGGUUGCGAUUAGGAACAAAUUGGCAGAGGUGGGCAAAAUCGAAAUUGAUGAAAUCAAAGGUAGUGUGUUGCUCGAAACGAGCGUCCCAUGGAAUGAUAUCCAGAGACGGAUUGAAGCUACAGGCCGUCGAACGUUACUUACCGGGUUUGGAGGUCAAUCUGCGGUAGCGAUGGUAGAUCAUGAUAACGGGCAGACGGAUGUUCGAGGUGUGGUUCGUUUCUGUUCAAUCCCUACAGCUAGCUCUGCCACCGGACGCGGUGUCGUGGUUGAUGGUAUCAUUGAAGGCUUAGCAAACAACCGAAAGUAUCUGCUGAACGUGCACGAAUGUGGUGAUAUUUCCAAGGGCUGCGCUUCGGUUGGAGAUGUCUAUAAUUCCGUAGAAGUGAACUCCGAUUCAAACGGAAAAGCGGCGAUACGUUUCGUCUACGAGCAACUGGAAUUGGCGGAUUUAAUAGGCCGAUCGGUGGUGAUAGCUGAUCCCCAGAACAGCCAACGGCGUCUUAGCUGUGGCAUCAUCGCUCGGUCUGCAGGUGUAUUGGAGUGUAGCAAGCAGAUAUGCACCUGUGACGGUGUAACUAUUUGCGACGCAAGGAAGAAAUCCGAUGCGUGGGAGGAAGAACCACGUGAAACGAAGGAGGAUUGCAUACAAGUAUGUAUGGACUGUUGCUGGGAAAUGCGGGAUUUAAUCGGUUGUUUAGCAUUGUGCUUUAGACAGAGUCUUUUCCACAUGAUGAGGGGUUGA